AUGCGCUGCACCAAAUCUUCAGAGUAUCGGUUCAAGAGCACCGUCGAAGAUAGCACCAAAAUAGCGUACAUAAUCCACUCUUCUGGGUCAAGUGGUCUACCCAAAGCAAUACCUAGUACGCACAAAUCCGGCAUCUCGAACUACACAGUUGGCAAGGCCUAUGAGUCCUACUUUGUGACACUGCCGUUCUACCACGGUCACGGAGUAAGCAUGUUCUUUCGAGCAGUGUUUAAGGGCAAGCCAAUUUCUUUGUACAACGCUUCGUUGCCAUUGACCGGGGGGCACUUAGUUAAGGCAUUGAGGAGCAUCAAGCCCGAGAGUCUCCACUGUGUGCCGUAUGCAUUGAAACUCAUUGCUGAGACGGAUGGUGGAAUUGAGGCAUUAGCAGGUCCCAAGCAAGUCCUGUUCGGGGGGAGCAGCUGUCCCGAUGAUUUGGGAGAUAAGCUAGUCGAGGCCGGCGUUCAUCUGAAAAGUCAUUACGGUGCCACCGAGCUCGGUCAAGUCAUGACUUCGGAUAGGCCAUUUAAUGACAAGGAAUGGGAUUAUCUCCGACCAUUGCCGACUGCCGCGCCAUAUUUAAUUUUUGACCCUCUUGACGAUGAUACCUUCGAGUGUGUUGUGCUGGAUGGCCUGCCUUCCAAAAACAAAAGCAAUUCGGACAAUCCGCCCAAUUCCUAUCGGACCAGCGACCGCUUCGUGAAACAUCCUAGCCUGCCGGACCGUUGGAAGUACGUCGGCCGCCUUGAUGACCGAGUCAAUCUGAUGAAUGGUGAGAAAGUUCUCCCAAUUCCGAUAGAGCAUCGGAUUAGGCAAAACAGGUUGGUCAAGGAAGUGCUCGUGGUUGGUGUUGGCAGGCUGUUACCAGGACUGCUCAUUAUGCCCAGUGAACAUGCGCGAGGAUUGGAUAAGAGACAGAUAUUGGAUGAAGUGUGGCCAGACAUCGUUGCUGCAAAUUUAAAUGCCGAGGGCUUCAGUCAGAUUUCAAAAGAUAUGGUCGGAAUACUUCCUGUCUCUGUCUGGUAUCCUCAAACAGAGAAGGGCACGUUAAUUCGGAAAGCAUGCUACAAUCACUUUGAAGGGGAGAUCAACAGCUUAUUUGAUCGUGCAAAUGGGUCAAAUAAUCUUGCUCCAGACCAAGCAUCCGGAAUGAAACUAGCUUUGAGCAUCACUGGAAUAGAAGACUUUUUGACCGGUCUCAUCCAGCGAGAUCUGGGUCUCAGUCAUAUCGAGCCCAACAUGGAUUUUUUUACGGCCGGUAUGGACAGUCUGCAAGCCAUGAAAGCUUAUGGCAUUAUCAAGAGGCAUUUAGAUCUUGGACAAGGCCAUCUCAAUCAAAAUGUCUUGUAUGAAUUUGGCAAUACCAAGAACUUGGCAGUUCAUUUGCACAGCCUGAGAACGGGGGAGCAAGGUGAUACAAAGGGCGACGUUGAAAUCAUGGGCGAACUCAUCAAGAAGUACUCGAGCUUUCAGAAACCAACAUUCGAGAAUGAUGAAGUAGUGCUUCUUACCGGUGUCACUGGCUCGCUUGGUUGCUACAUACUCUCAAAGAUCCUUCCAAAGCCGUCCAUCAGAAGGGCAUACUGCCUAGUCCGAGCCCCAUCAGCAGAUGCUGCGCUGGACAGGGUAGUCUCUACCUUGUCUGCCAGGCAACUACCAAUGCAUUAUCUAUCAAAAGUUCGGGCCUUGCCUUCAGAUCUCUCCAGAUCAGACCUAGGCCUGGCUUCAGAUGUUAUCUACGAGCUUCGAGGCACACUCACCAAGGUUAUUCACAGUGCUUGGGUGGUAAAUUUCAACAUCGGAGUACGCAGUUUUGAGGAGCAGCAUAUUGCCGGCGUGCGACACCUAAUCGAUCUAUGCCUCUCCUCUUAUCGGCAAUCUCCAGCCGACUUUUAUUUCUGCUCCUCGACUUCGACCGCCGCCGGUACUCCUCUACCAGCUAAGAUCACCGAAGGGCCUGUCUUAGACUUAUCACACGCUCACCCUAUGGGUUACGCCAGAUCGAAACUAGUCGCUGAGCACAUAGUCCAUGCUGCCGCCGAACAAACCGGCAUGAUUGCCAAAGUGCUUCGCGUUGGACAGAUCGUGGGUGAUACUGUGUAUGGUCGCUGGAAUCCCCAGGAAGGUAUCCCUUUGAUGAUUCGAAGCGCCAUUACCCUUGGGGCAUUACCAGCCCUCGAUGAAACACCUUCGUGGACCCCGGUCGAUAUUGUCGCCCAGGCAGUGUUGGAGCUGAGUGCGCUGGAGCCUCCACAGGAAGACAGUGCUGUCAAAGCCAGACAGUACUCUGAGGAUCCUGAUGUUGUAUAUCAUGUUUUGAAUCCCUCUGUCUUUCACUGGACAAAUGACCUUCUCCCGGCUCUUCGAGAUGCGGGUCUCAAUUUCGAUAUGGUGGAUAAGAGAGAAUGGAUCAGGCGUUUGAGAACAGGCGAACAAAACCCUGCCAAAAACCCGACCGUCAAGCUGACCGAAUUUUAUGCUGGGAAAUAUGACAACGAGGGAAGCCGGGCAGGCCUGGUCUACAGCACUGACCUGACAGAAGAGAUCUGUCCCUCUCUGAGGGGUGGUGUGAAUUUAUCUUCUAGUGGCAUCAUCAAAAAGUUUGUCGACUCGUGGCGACAGGACUGGGCCAUCGCAUAG